UGCCUCCAUUUUUCCAGAUCUUUCUCGAACCCGCGGCUCCUCGGGCAGCCGUUGCCCGAGCGCUGACGGAAGCGGCCGAAGCCGGGGCCUGCAGCAGCUUCGGGCCGGGAGGGGCUGUUCGCGAGCCUCCCCGGCGGCGGAGCACGCAGGCGCAGAUCACAGUAACUGCCGGUUGGAGGCCGCCGAACCGCAGUAGGAGAGAGACAGAGGCAGCGGGGCGCGGCGGAGGCUUCGGCGCGGGCUGCAUCCACUCCUUCCCGAGUUCCCCGACGCCCUGUCCUAGAUUUUCUGCGUAGCGACUUCGGGUCUUCCUUUCUUUGCUUCUCGCAGGAAUCGCAAUCCCAGCAGCGACAGCUCGGUAAAGGACGCGGUCCCCGCGUGGGAGACUUCAGCACCAGCACCCCGACCUUUAGGCGGCGGGAUGUCUGUGGUUGGCAUUGACCUCGGCUUUCUCAACUGCUACAUCGCUGUAGCUAGGAGUGGCGGCAUCGAGACCAUCGCCAAUGAGUACAGCGACAGGUGUACCCCGGCCUGUAUAGCUUUGGGAUCCAGAACUCGAGCCAUUGGAAAUGCAGCUAAAAGCCAGAUUGUCACAAAUGUAAGAAAUACAAUUCAUGGCUUCAAAAAGCUUCAUGGGCGAUCGUUUGAUGAUCCUAUUGUGCAAACUGAAAGAAUAAGACUUCCUUAUGAGCUGCAAAAGAUGCCUAAUGGAAGUGCAGGAGUUAAGGUGCGGUACCUAGAAGAAGAGAGACCUUUCGCAAUCGAGCAAGUUACUGGAAUGCUUUUGGCCAAGCUUAAAGAGACUUCAGAAAAUGCCUUGAAGAAACCAGUAGCUGACUGUGUGAUUUCAAUUCCUAGUUUUUUCACUGAUGCUGAGAGAAGAUCUGUGUUGGCUGCAGCCCAGGUUGCAGGCUUAAAUUGUUUAAGGCUGAUGAAUGAAACUACUGCAGUUGCACUAGCAUAUGGAAUUUAUAAACAGGAUCUUCCCCCUUUAGAUGAGAAACCAAGAAAUGUAGUAUUCAUUGAUAUGGGACAUUCUGCAUACCAGGUCUCAGUUUGUGCUUUUAAUAAAGGAAAACUUAAGGUCUUGGCUACUACUUUUGAUCCAUAUCUGGGUGGCAGAAAUUUUGAUGAGGCUUUGGUAGACUACUUCUGUGAGGAGUUCAAGACCAAAUAUAAGAUAAAUGUGAAAGAAAAUUCUCGGGCCUUGUUGCGUCUAUAUCAGGAAUGUGAAAAACUAAAGAAGCUAAUGAGUGCAAAUGCAUCAGAUCUUCCAUUGAACAUCGAAUGUUUCAUGAAUGACCUUGAUGUUUCUAGUAAAAUGAACAGAGCUCAAUUUGAACAAUUAUGUGUUUCCCUCUUGGCCAGGGUUGAACCACCUUUAAAAGCAGUAAUGGAACAAGCUAAAUUACAACGUGAAGACAUAAGUAGUAUAGAAAUUGUAGGAGGAGCAACACGAAUUCCUGCAGUGAAGGAACAGAUCACUAAGUUCUUUCUAAAAGACAUAAGUACCACACUAAAUGCUGAUGAAGCUGUUGCAAGAGGAUGUGCAUUACAGUGUGCGAUUCUUUCACCGGCGUUUAAAGUGCGCGAGUUUUCCAUAACAGACGUUGUUCCCUAUUCAAUCACGUUAAGGUGGAAGACCUCUUUUGAAGAUGGAACUGGGGAAUGUGAAGUAUUCUGUAAGAACCAUCCUGCCCCAUUCUCAAAAGUCAUUACUUUUCAUAAGAAGGAACCAUUUGAACUAGAAGCAUUUUAUACUAAUAUACAUGAAGUGCCUUAUCCUGAUCCAAGAAUAGGGAGCUUCACUAUUCAGAAUGUUUUCCCACAGUCUGAUGGUGAUAGUUCCAAAGUGAAGGUUAAAGUUCGUGUUAACAUCCAUGGCAUCUUCAGUGUGGCUAGUGCAUCAGUAAUUGAGAAGCAAAUUUUGGAAGGAGAUCACAGUGAUGCUCCUAUGGAGACAGAAGCUUCAUUUAAGAAUGAAAGCAAAGAUGAUGUGGAUAAGAUGCAGGUUGACCAAGAAGAAGGUCAUCAGAAAUGCCAUGCUGAGCAUACUCCAGAAGAGGAAAUUGACCAUACAGGAGCCAAAACAAAGUCAAUUCCCUCAGAUAAACAAGACCGAUUAAACCAAACCACUAAAAAAGGAAAAAUCAAAAGUAUUGAUCUACCUAUCCAGAGCAGCCUAUGUAGACAACUGGGCCAAGAGCUCCUCAACAGCUACGUUGAAAAUGAGGGGAAGAUGAUAAUGCAGGAUAAGUUAGAGAAAGAAAGAAAUGAUGCUAAGAAUGCUGUUGAAGAAUAUGUGUAUGAUUUCAGAGACAAACUGGGUACUGUCUAUGAAAAAUUCAUCACUCCAGAAGACUUGAAUAAACUGUCUGCAAUAUUGGAAGACACAGAAAAUUGGCUUUAUGAAGAAGGAGAGGAUCAACCUAAACAAGUUUAUGUGGAUAAGCUUCAGGAACUAAAGAAAUAUGGCCAGCCUAUUCAAAUGAGGUACAUGGAACAUGAAGAGAGACCAAAAGCUUUAAAUGACUUGGGAAAAAAGAUCCAGCUUGUCAUGAAAGUGAUAGAAGCAUACAGAAACAAGGAUGAAAGAUAUGAUCAUUUGAAUCCUGCUGAAAUGGAAAAAGUUGAAAAAUAUAUCAGUGAAGCCAUGAAUUGGCUGAACAGUAAGAUGAAUGCACAGAACAAACUAAGUCUCACUCAAGAUCCUGUGGUGAAAGUUUCAGAAAUAGUAGCAAAGUCAAAGGAAUUGGAUAAUUUCUGUAACCCCAUUAUUUAUAAGCCCAAACCUAAAGUAGAGGUUGCUGAAGACAAAGCAAAAGCUAAUAGUGAACACAAUGGACCAAUGGAUGGACAGAGUGGGACUGAAAGUAAACCAGAUACAACUAAAGACAGCUCCCAGCAUACUAAAUCUUCUGGAGACAUGGAAGUGGACUAAGUCUUAAUUUUUCCUUCACAUAAUUCAAAAACAGUGCAAGUAACCACAGGGUCCAUUCUUCUUUUACAUCUGGUACACACAACAGAUGUUCAGUUGUUCUUAACCACUCUUUGUCAUUUGUUUUUUGCAGUAGUUUUGAAAAGUGUUUUAUAUUGAGUGUACCUCUGUUCAUUUCCAUUGCCAGUUAUAUGAAACUUUAGCUGAAUAUACAUUUACUAGUCAGUUUAAGCUUUCCCAAUAUAUCAAACAUUACAAGAUCAAUAUGUAGUUGGCAACAAUCUCCUUUAUUUUAAGCUUCUCCUUGGAUAAACUUCCCUUAUUCAGAAAAGGAUACUUUAUUGCACUAUUGCGGAAGCAUAGAUUUAACUGCAUCGUUAUUUUGAGAAACAAAAAUUGAAAAUUGAUGUGGUUUAAAGCCACUGAGGCACUGACUGUUUUUAGUUAUUGUAUUAUUUUAAGUAUUAAAACGAGUAAGAGGUUCGCCGACAAAUUAAUCCAUCUCAUUGUUAUACAAUGAGAACUCCAAAGCUUUGUUGUCAUCACAUAAAUGAACUAAAAUGCAGGUUGAAAGCGAAAACACAAUUUUAUGUUAAGGUGGCCACCAGCAUUUUGCUUCUUUUAUUACUAACGUGGCUUGAUGUUUUCUGAGAGUUACUCAGUGUCCUUUACACUUGAAAGUUCUUUUCUGACAUACUUGUCCAAAAGAUCAACUGCUGCUAAAGUAAAUGCUAGCCUAAAGAUAUAGAAGCAUUUUUUAUGAAAAUAACUUCACAGUACGGGGGAAAUGCUGUUGACCUACUCAGACAUGCAUGUCUUGUUUCAGUUUUAAUAGUUGUUUUCAUUUUCUUAGUUGAUUUUGCUAAUAUCUUAACACAGGUUAGAGAGAAAUGGCACAAUGUAUUGCAUUAUAUUCAUUUAUCACUGAUUUAAAUGUUAAGAUACAGAUAAACACUAUUAAAUAAGCAGUGAUACUUGAAAAAGGAGCACUUAUACCAUAAAACUUAAUAAAUAAUGCUUGUAAUAAACUUAACUAUGUUACAUAUCAACAGGCUAAAUAUAGAGUGUUUCAUAGUGUAAUAUGAUAUGAUGUGAUUAAAUUAUAGUUCCUGCUGUUACAUAACCUGUUGAAACCUUGGCUCCAGUUUUGGUGCUUCUUAUAUAAAUUAUAUGGGAGAAGGGACUGUGAAAUUAAGAUAGAGUAAGGGCCUGAUCAAUGCUUCAUCACCAGACUUCUUCACAUUGUUCAGUUUUAGUCUAGAGGCUUGAAACUAAGUAUGGAAACAGACUGAAGUGAUGUUUCAACCUUUAAGAGAAAGAAGCAUAGACAAAAGUAUGGGCAAUUGUGUUUUUAAUGCCAAUCAAAACAGAUUGACCUAGGUUAAAAUUUUGAAAGGCUACCUUUUCCCAAAGCUAAGUCUUUAUAUUAAGAGAAAUUAAUAUUGACUUUUUUUAAGUAGUAAAACUUGAGAGUAUAAUAUCUUUAGGGAUAGUCAUUAUUUCUCACAACUAGUUCUCUAAGAGAGAUUUUGUUUCUACAAUGUAGUCUGCACUGAAAGGAUAGUAUGGAGCAGUACAUUUUGCAGAGAUUUUUAUUCAGUCUUUUGGGGGGAGGUAUCCCUUUUUGCAUUUAAAAAAUCACAUAAACCCAAAAUAUUUUUUAAUCUCUUAUAGGCUUAAAACUUUCCUUCUUUUAAUAAUCUUAAAGUGAAAUAAUUGUAUCCAUAGUACCAUACUUUUUUAAAACGCAUCUACCUGUUAUUUUUGUUAUGUUUAAGCUUCUUGGCUUUUUGGCUAAGAUCAAGGGUAGUAUCAUUUCUAUGUUUAAUAUAGGUUCAUUGCAGAAAGAGCAUGAAGGUUAUGAAAUGGAAUAUGUAUUGGUACACAUGGGGAGUUUAUAGUUUUAUCUUGUGUUAAGAAAAUCUCCACUCACUUUGUGAGGAGAUAAGCCUCAAAAACUCCUUGGAAAUGUUAGAAUAGCACUUUCUACAUUCGAAUUAACUAGCAUAUAUCCUGCCCUUUUCCAUUCCUGCUCUUAAGUCACUUUGCAUAGUUGUGUUUUAGUCAGAUAUAUAACAUUCCAAUUCUUGCAACUAUAUAACAGCAUUUCGUUUAAUAAGUUAAAUACAUAUGAAAACGUGUAUACUUUUCU